AUGCAUCACGAGUUCUCUCCUCCAAUCAUUCAUCGUGACAUUAAGUGUAGUAAUAUCCUUUUAGGCCAUGAGUUGAAUGCCAAAUUUGCAGAUUUUGGACAGGCUAAGGUUUUGGCUAAGUGGGGAGAGACAAAGACUGCUUAUGUUAUCGUUGGCACGUUUGGUUACCUAGCUCCAGAGUAUGCAUACAUAUCGAAAGUGAAUGGCAAGAUUGAUGUUUACAGCUUUGGUGUGGUGUUAUUGGAGCUGGUUACCGGGAGAGAACCAAUUAACGGAGACGAGCAUAUAAACCUUGCACAAUGGGCAUGGAACCACCAUGAAGAAGGCAAUGUAGUGGUUGAUGCUAUUGAUGAAGAAAUCAAGGAAGCAUGUUUCUUGAACGAAAUGAGUUCCAUGUUCAAGUUGGGGCUUAUUUGCACCAGUACUAUCCCUUAUGCUAGGCCUUCCAUGAAGGAAAUCUUGCAAAUUCUAUUACUUAGCCUUACUACUUCUUCCUAGCAAAUUCUUAGUAGUAA